UUGUUUUAAAUUAGUAAAGCUAUGAAAAUCACUCAGAACUAAGAGUUGAUCGAUACCAUUAGAAACAUUUGUUUCAUUUUCCGAUACCUGUUCUGCUACGCACAACAGAAUGUUCAGUUCAGUUUGUUCUCGAUGACGUUUUAAUGCAACAACCAAACACGAACAGCUGAGUUGAAGCGUGACCCAAAAAUAACGCAAAAAGUGGGUAAACAAAGAACGAUCGACAUCGACUAAUGGUCGGUCUCGUUUGCUGAAGAAGGUACAAUUCGCGCAAAUCCUUGAGCCAAUGUGAUUUUAAAUUUCACAGUGUGUGUUGAUGCAUUUUUGCAGCUAGUCGCGUUUCUAAGUUAAUUCGUCGUGCCUAGAACAAUGACGUGGGAACACCUGGAACGGGGAAGCUCUCCUGUGGAUUGGUGCGAAGGGAAUUAUCUCGUGUCCCCGGACAUUGCGGAAUUUGUGAAUACGAUAAGCAACGUUUUGUUCCUGCUCGGGCCACCGUUUUUAAUUUAUCUGUUCAAAGAUUACGGGAAGUUUAUACAGCCCGCCAUUCAUCUCAUUUGGGUGCUGUUGAUCGUCGUUGGCCUAUGCUCGGCUUACUUUCACGCCACGCUGAGCUUGCUGGGGCAGCUGCUGGAUGAGGUGACGAUUCUGUGGGUUUUUAUGGCCACACUGAGCCUGUUCUGUCCCAGGCGUCACUUUCCGCGGAUCUUCAAACGGUCAAGAAAACGGUUCUGUGUAUCAAUGACGCUAUUUUCUAUCGCUGCCACUGCGCUUUCAUUCUAUCAUCCGGCCAUCAAUGCGUUCGCGCUUAUGUUUCUAGCCGUGCCGGCCACUUACCUGCUUUAUAAGGAAUUGAAAAUUGUUCAGGAUAAACGCGUGUAUCGGCUCGGCGUGAGAAACACCACCAUUUUGAUGAUCGCUAUCGUUUGCUGGAUCAACGAUCGCAUCUUCUGUGACACGUGGUCGUCGAUGAACUUCCCCUAUCUGCACGGCUUCUGGCACAUACUGAUCUUCAUUUCGGCCUAUCCGGCGUGUGUGCUGUUUGCGUACUUUUUCGUCAACGACGAAUGCCCCGAAAGUCGCCCCACGCUGAAAUAUUGGCCACGGAAUGAUUUCGAGCUCGGCAUUCCGUAUGUCUCCAUAAGCUACGGCAAAAAACGCGAUGAUGAAAUUUAAAAUGCAGAUAACUGCAGCUACAGCGCUUCUCUAUGCAUGCCAAAAAAAACACAAAACCUUCAUUGCCUGUCCACGACCGGUGGACAUUGAUAGCGGCAACGAAGGCUGUUAUGAAUCUCAUCAAACUACUACAGCUCGUAAGUGUAAAGUAAUUUCUUUUAGUCGCGAAAGGUUGUGAAGUAUUUAAAAGGUUAUUAAAAGUAAAAGAGUUUAUUGAAUUAGGCGUUUUAAGCUUGUUUAAAAUCGGUUUGCACGAACCCAGCAUUGAGGAGCAGUAUAGAUUUUAGCGCGCCAUAACUCGUCAAUGGGGCAAGAUUUUUAAACGUCUAGGAAUAAAACUAACAACAAUAAAAUAAAAACACAUUUGGUUCCG